AUUAGAUAUUCAAAGUUCUGAUUCGAGAGGAUUUACUGUAUAAUCCAUUCACUGUCAUCGCCUGGACUAUUUAUAACGUGGUCUUGUUUUUAAAUAAUCGCAAAAAGUAUACCGCAUGUUAGCAGCAAAAACUAUCCUGCAGAUAUUUAUCAAGUUAACAUUCUAUACAUUCAACACAGGCAGGGACGGCAUGAACGAGUACGACAUCUUUCUGGCAACUCACAAGCCGCAGCUACUAGCAUCCGGGGUGCCGGAACUGUUUUGGCCGGAGCUCUUUCGCAAGCUGAAACAUCAGGUAUUCGAUGCCGGUGAAAGCUUUUCCCUACUGUACGUGGAUUACGACGAUAACGAACGUUCCGAGGAAGAUCCAAUUUGGACUGUGGCUGUGACGAAGGAAGGAGGCGUCCGAGCGGACAACCCGUGUGAAAUAUAUCUGAUAGAUCACGCCUGGACUUUCCGAACGGACAACGCAAGGCAACUACUGAACGAACAUCCGCCGUUGGUGAACCGGUUGGCAAUUAUGAUGGGAAUCGAGCAAGAAGGCUUACCCAGCUCAGUUGUAACUUCAAGAAUUUUGAGCGGGGUCUGGAAGUGGUGCAAUAUGUAUUCCUUGAAUGCGGAAGGGUUAUCGGUUGAAAAUUGUAUGCCAAUUUGGUACGUCAUGGAUGAACUGGGAAGCGGUAUUUUGCACAGUGAUACGCCGAACUGUCGGGUCGUGCCUUUCAUGCAGGUUACGGAACAGAUGACAUAUAGUUUAUUAUUCCCCACGGAGAAUAUUUACGAGGGUGAACAGCUCCAUCGAGAUUUUGUUGAAGGAGUUCCGAGUGACAGCAAGGAGCGUGAUGCACUCUUGCUUCCCUGGCGAUACACCUCACUAGCAGAAGAAAGUUUCGCUCAAAAAGAAGCUCCUGUUGAGUAUUUUUUGGCGGGACAUAUCGAAGAGUCGUUGCCGAAUCCGGACGCCGGUAUUCCUCUUUUCGAUGGAAAUGGACCACUCAAAGUGUACUGCGAGUAUGAAAUGGUAAAGCAAUAUCUUACUGAUCCUGCAUUUGAAAUUGUAGAAAGCCCAGACGAUGCGGAUAUUCUAUGGAUGACUAAUCAUUUCAAACAGCAUAAGGAACUCAGCGAAUCGACCCCAAACAAGUUUAUCAAUCAGUUCCCUUUCGAAAACGUGAUUACUAUCAAAGAUCUUCUCAGCAUAGUUUGUCGAAGGAUGGCCGAUAAAGUUACCGAUCUGGACCCUCUUCGAGCAAAUCCUAAAUGGUUACCGGUGACCUACAAUCUCAAAACGGAACUGAUUGAAUUUGUCAGUUAUUACCAGAAUAGAGCUCGUAAAGGGCUGGACAAUCAUUACAUUGUCAAACCAUGGAACUUAGCCCGUGGCUUGGACACUCACAUCACUAAAAGUCUCCCGCAGAUUAUGCGUCUUCAACAGACAGGUCCCAAGAUUGUUCAAAAGUACAUCGAAAAUCCAGUACUUUUCGAACGACCGGAAGUCGAUGGACGAGUGAAAUUCGAUGUCCGCUAUGUUUUACUGUUGAAGAGUGUCGACGAGCUAUUUGCCUAUAUACACAACAAAUUCUUCCUGCGUUUCGCCAACAAACCGUUCGAGCUGAACGAUUUCGAUGAUUACGAAAAACACUUUACCGUGAUGAACUACUCACAGUUUCAGCUUAGACACAUGAAGUGUGAGGAGUUUCUAGAACAAUGGAAGAUUCAGUAUCCGAAGCAUUGCUGGCAGACCAUUGAAGGACAGAUUUGCGAAAUGCUCAAACAGAUGCUGCAAGGGGCCAUCAAGUUGGGACCACCUUGCGGUAUUGGUAGCAAUGCACAGUCCCGAGCGUUGUAUGCAGUGGAUUUAAUGCUGGAGUGGACCAACGGCGGCCUGAACAUCCAGCCGAAACUCCUGGAGGUCAAUUUCACCCCGGACUGCAAGCGGGCUUGCGAGUAUUAUCCGGACUUUUUCAACGAUAUUUUUAAUUUACUAUUUUUGGAUCAGGAAAACCCGGAUGUGUUUAGGAAGAUUGUUUAAAUUAAGCGAUGUGGUAAUAAAGUUUUGGCGACUAUUUUUGGUUUA